CCCGGUCUGGUCCAGCUGGGCUAUUGGCGGGGGGAGCUCGCCCACAGUGAUCACAAGCCGGUUGCCGCGCUCUUCUCCGCCGCCGUGCUUCGCUACGACCGGCGGCGGCUGGAUGCGCUGCUGGCGGCGGCGCGGCGGGAGGUGGACCGACUGCAGGAGAGCUUGAGGCCCAGGGUCUCCGUGUCGCCCGUGUGCCUGGAUGCGGGCGAGUGGGUGGCGGCGGGGCGGCCGGUGCGCCUGCGCAUGCUGCUGCGGAACGAGGGCGGGGUGGAGGCGGUGUGGCACUGGGUGCCGCCGCCGCGACCCCCCACCCCCGCACCGCUGCCGCCACAGCAGGGGCAGCAGGUGCAGGGGCUGCAGGCUAGGAGGUCUGGAGCUGGGAGCACCGGUGGUGGUGGAGGAGGAGCAGCAGGAGGAGGCAUGUUGGUUGGGCUGCUGGAUGAUGAUGAUGAUGAGGAGGAGGAGGAGGGUCCCGCACUGCCGCCCUGGCUGAGCAGCCAGCCGGCGGAGGGGGUGCUGGCGCCGGGUCAGACAUGCGAGGUGGUGCUGACGGUGCUGGUGGAGGGGGGUCCCGGAGGGGCAGCUGGGGAGCUGAUGAUGGCAGCACCAGCAACCCCAGCAGCAGCAGCGGUAGCAGCGACAGCAGUCCCUCCAUCUGCUGCAGCACCCCCAGCAGCAGUAGCAGCAGUCCCCUCCUCCCCCUCCCCCUCCUCCCCGCUGCUGCCGCCCGGCCCGCUGGUGCCGCUGGAGUGUAUCGCCAUCCUGCGGGUGGAGGACGCGGGCGACAAGUUCAUUAGCAUUGCAGGCCGGCACGUGCGCUCCUUCCUAGGCCUGCCCCUGCCCGCCCUAGCCCAGCUCGGCCGCACACCCCUCCUGCCACCCGCCCUAGCGCAGCAGCUGGCGGCCCAGCUGGGCCUGCCGCCGCUGCAGCUGCAGCCACAGGAAGAGCAGCCGCAACAACAAGACGAGCAGCAGCAGCAGCAACCGCAGCAGCAGGACUGCUCGGCCCCCGGGGUCUGUGCCGGUGGGCUGCGGGUGCUGCCCAAGGAGGUGGCAGCGCUGUUGGCCGCCUUGCGUGCGGGGGGCGGCGCGGCGCUGCGGACCCCGGGGGUGCUGGUGGACAGUGCGGCACUGGUGCUACUGCGGGCGGGGGCGGCGGAGGCGGAAGCGGCAGGGGCCGCGGAGGGAGUGGUGGCUUGUACGGCAGGGGUUGGUGCAGUGGGUGGUACGGCAGGAGGUGGUGGUGGAGAUGAGGAGGCGGCGGAGGCGGAGGCGGCGGAGGCGAUGCAGCCCCGGAGUGUGGGAGCGCAGCGGGCGCUGGUGCGGGAGCUGAGCUGGCUGAGGCUCCAUCUGGACGCGGGCGGGCAGGUCCCACCCGGCACCCCCCCGCACGCCCUGGCGGCGCUGCUGCUGCUCUGGUGCGGCCAGCUGCCGUACACACUCAUCCCCGCCGCCGCCGCUGACGCCGCCGCCGCCGCGCCGCCAGCCUCCGCCGCCGACGCCGUCGCGCUGCUGCGCACGCACUGCGACCCACAUCAGUUAGCGGCGGUUUCGGAGCUGAUUAGGCUGUUUCGUACGGCACUGGCGCCGGCGGCGGCGGCGUGUAACGGCCUGACGGCGGCGCGGCUGGCGGUGGCGGUGGGGGCUUGGUGGUUGCCGCCGCUGGCGGCGGGGGCUGCGGCGGAUGCGGGUCGCAACCGACGAGCCCUGCUGACGGUGUUGCUGACGGAGGAGGAGGAGGUGGUGGUGGAUGAUGGGGAGCGGCCGGAGGUGUGAGGAGGAGGAUCGGAGGAAGCAGGACAGGGUGUGUGUUAAGAAAGCUGGCCGCGAGUAGGAGCGUACUGGAUUGACGGAAGAUGAUGUGUAUGUUGGGCAUUAGAUCAGGGCUGUGCUAGUGGAUGGCGUUUAGGAGGCUGGGCUAGCGAGGCGGGGGGUCAAAGAUCAGGUACCAAACCAUAGGAGACCACAGGUUAGGGCAAAGCAAUGGGGGUAGGAGGCGGCAGGGUGCCAAAGUGUUGGUUAGUAGUCCCUAGGCGGGGGGGGGGGCCAAUAGGAAUACAUAUUCCGCAUUGGGCUAGGUUUCAGGAUUGUAUAUAGCGG